CCACAAAAAUAGAAAGAAAUAUAAAUAAACACUGAUACAUAUUUGUUGCAGCGAGCUCGGACUGGGAGGCGCGCACACAAAUGGUUUGGGGCUUUCCAUCUCAUACGAUUUCCCCUUCCUUUUCGGAUCUCUAAUCUUCUCUCAUCUUAAUCUAAUAUCCCAAAAUUUUUUCUUUAGCUUUCAUCCCACUCAUUCUUUCGCUCUCUACACACACUCCAGUGUGUAAUUCUUGAUUCAUUCUCCCCAAGAAAUUUGACUGUAAUUCCUGCAUUUCUGUGCCAUUUUUAUGUCUUAAUUUUCAGGGUUUACAUUAAAUUCAUUGAUCAUCGACUUCUUCUAAACAGUCGAUUCUCAAUCCCUUGAGGUUUCAUGUGGAAUAGUGAAGAAGCAGUAGAGGAAGGGAGGAUAUAGUGUUAGUAGUGGUUUAAAAGUAUGUUCAAUAAAAUCAGAAAAAAAGGACAUCGAAAGGCCUCAAAAUCGGAUGGAGCUGAGACCCCAAUACCUACCAACAAUGCAGCGCCUAAUCCUGAUGUUACUGUUAAUCAUGCUUCAAGAACGGCCGGUGCACCAUCUCAACCUUUGUCUUUGGACUGUCUGGGACACAGUUCUGGAGUGGUUGAAGUAUUACCCUUGUUGAAAGAAAUUCCGCUGUCUGAAAGGCAUGCUUUGUUCAUCAGAAAGCUCCAAAUUUGUUGCGUUUCCUUUGAUUUUUCAGACACUUUGAAGAAUGCCCGAGAAAAGGAGAUUAAGAGGCAAACUCUCAAUGAGCUGAUUGAAUUAGUGCAAUCAGGGUCUUCUAAAAUGAAUGAAAUAAUGCAGGAAGGGUUAGUGAAAAUGAUAUCAAUCAAUGUUUUUCGGUGUUUACCGCCUGCAAUGCAUGAGAAUACAGGGUCAGAGAGUGGUGACCCUGAUGAGGAUGAAAUGUUUAUGGACCCAUCAUGGCCUCACUUGCAACUUGUGUAUGAGUUACUUUUGAGAUAUGUGGUAUCACCUGAUAUGGACACUAAGAUAGCCAAGCGAUAUCUUGAUCAUUCUUUUGUUCUAAAAUUACUGGAUUUAUUCGAUUCUGAGGACGCCAGAGAGCGUGAAUACUUGAAGACUAUUCUUCACCGCAUUUAUGGGAAAUUCAUGGUGCAUCGCCCAUUUAUUAGGAAAGCGAUAAAUGAUGUAUUUUACCGGUUUUUAUUUGAAACAGAGAGGCACAGUGGGAUUUGUGAGUUGCUAGAGAUUCUUGGAAGUAUUAUAAAUGGGUUCGCUCUGCCAAUGAAAGAAGAGCAUAAAUUGUUCCUUGUUCGGGCUCUUAUUCCAUUGCACAAGGCCAAGUGUGUCGCAUCAUAUCAUCAGCAGUUAUCUUACUGCAUUACACAAUUCGUAGAGAAAGAUUAUAGAUUGGCAGAUAUUGUGAUUAGGGGAUUGCUGAAGUACUGGCCUGUAACCAACUGCGGCAAGGAAGUUCUCUUUCUUGGAGAACUAGAAGAUGUCUUGGAAGCCACACAGUCUGAGGAGUUUCAGCGCUGCAUGGUGCCUUUAUUUAGACAAGUUGCUCGAAGCAUCAACAGCUCCCAUUUUCAGGUUGCAGAACGGGCGCUAUUCUGGUGGAACAAUGAGCAUAUAGUGAGCUUGAUUGCAGAGAAUCGCCAUACCAUCUUGCCAAUUAUCUUUGAAGCUUUAGAAAAGAACAUAAAGUGUCACUGGAACCAGGCUAUCAAUGGGCUAACGGCUAAUGUUCGAAGGAUGUUCCAGGAGAUGGAUGCUGAGCUGUUUGAAGAGUGCCAAAGGCAAUAUGAAGAAAGGGAGGCCAGGGCUGGAAGCCUGGAGGAGCAGCGGGUGUUGACAUGGAAGAGACUCGAAGAGGCCGCUGCAAAUGGGUGUUGACAUACAAAACUGUAAGAGCAGCUGUACUGGCUGGGGAAGAUGUGAUUAGAGUUGACUCACUGAUCUACUUGUAGAUUUCCACUGCAGCACAUAAUUCGCCUAUAAUCAGGGCAAUGAGCGGCACAAGUUCUGGUAUUGGUGGCGCACGGUCUCGGCCUAUUGCCCCGAAAUGAGCAAAGUUCUUUUGCGAUCCGCCCUCUGUCACUGUUCUGUCUUUUAUUCUGGGGAGAGAAGUUGGACGAAAUUCUGCCAUCUUCUCUUCUCGACCAAGUGCAGUGCUUUUUGCUAAUAUGUGUUUCUAAUUAUAGUUUGGCUUUUUGAUCGUUUUUUGUCAUUCAAUUUUGAGAUGACAGUGAAAGCAAUGUUGGAAGUAGUUUGUAGUUAAUAUCUCAUUCAAAAGGGUUUUUUUUUUUU